CUACUGGACGGCCCGGAUCCUGUCGAACCCGUCUCUAUUUUUCCUCUUUAUCUCCUCAUCGCUUAGCUGCAAGAGGAUGGCGCCUUCUGCCCAGACACCCAAGCGCUCCGUGUCGUUUGGACCGACGACGGACGAUGAGAAAGGGGCUCGGCCGUCGAGCGUGGCCAUGACGCCGCAAUCCAGCACCGACGUACUGGCGGGCUCCACGUCUGCGCAGUCGACGCCCGCCGCUGCGCUCAAGCCGGCCCUGAAGGCAGGUACGGAACGCAACAAGCUUCCUCCAAAAGAGCAGUACCAGCACCCCGAUCCACUCGUCCGUCGGCUCCGGCUCGUCGACGCCGCGGGCGACCCGGUCAACCUGCGCUCGUACUUCAAAAAUGUGAAAUGCGUCGGCUUCUACUUUAGCAGCCAGUGGGCCGGGCAGCCCCUCAAGGAAUACCACCAGACGAUUAAUGACUUUGUCCGGGUCCACCCCAACGAGUUCAAGGUCGUAUAUGUCAGCGUCGAUGUAGAUGAGCAGUGGUACAAAGCAGGCGUCAAGGGGCAGCCUUGGGUGUCGAUGGUCUGGAACGACGGAUCUUCGCUGCCGUCCGAUCGCCAGCCAAAUUCUUCUUCGCUCAAGAAGGAAUCUGCGGUCCAAGACGACUCGGACGACUCCGAGGACGCGCCUCCGGCACUGUACAACAACGAGGACUUUCUCCUGGCGUCCGAGGCCGACAUUGACGAGUCGCUCUCGCGCUCUGACACGUCUGGCACCGCGUACCUGCGCCCCUUUUCGCGCGUCCACCUGGCCGCCAAGCUCAACAUUAUUGCCGCGCCCACGCUCUGCGUCUACCAUCUCGAGAAACAAAAGAUGCUCGACUGGAACGUGCGUAUGGCCAGGCUCGGAAAGAUGCGGAGGCAAGAUACCUGGGAGAGAUGGCUGCGGGGCGAGGGACCCCAGACGCUCAGCUUUGGCGAGGCCAUGCAAAGAAAGCCAAUCACUUUUGCCAUGUGCGCCCUGGCCAUCCUCUACUGGUGCCUCGUCUACUUUGGCGGACCAGAGUACAAUUUCAUUCGAAGGUACAUGGACGGUUUUGACCGUACCAACCAGCCGCUCGUUGCCAGCGACAAGUCAUCACCGCCACACUUUGACUUCUGAAACUUCCAAAGUGCCCUUUUCUUCGUUUCCUCCCCUCUCCUCUCGGCUCUGUACUUGUAACUUCUUUCUCUCACUCUCACUCUCACUCCCACUCUCCUUCCUCCUCUCUUUUAACUCACACAUUCUUGAUCGUCUUCUAAAGUACAUAAAUCCGUGGGAUGAAUAAAGUUCGGGAGAAGAGGUGGUGGUCACGUUACCCCAAUCUAUGCUCCUGUCGUGUGCUCGUUGUCGUUGCCGUUGUUGCCGUCUCUGCGGCUGGCUGCAUUGGUGUGUCCUCGUCAUUGGUCGAUUGCGGUUCUGUCGGUGCCGCUUCUGGCGCUGCAUGGUCUGUUUUCUCGCCGCCCUCGGCAGUGCCGCUCUCUGCCUUUUCGCCCUCCUGCAUACUUUCUUUUCCGUCCGUUGGCGCUUCCGAUGUCACGGUCU